AGGCCUGCAGCUUUUAGACCAUGCCGUUGAAAAUGGUGAUCCUUCUCUCUCUAGAAAAGGAAGAAAGAAAUGCCUUCGAAGUCAGAGAAACGGCCCAAAAUGGAGGCCAAGCCUUCGAGAGUGGCAGCAAAGCGCCAGGGACGGGACAGCGAAGAAGAGGGCAUGUUCCAGAUUGGGAAGCUGCGCUACGUCCGAGUGUCCUGCUUCAAGGGGAAGGUGCUGGUGGACAUCAGGGAGUUCUACAUGGAUAAGGAGGGGGACAUGAAACCGGGGAGAAAAGGCAUUGCUCUGUCUGCAGAACAGUGGAACCAGCUGAAGGAGAUAAUUCCUGAGAUUGAUGCUGCAGUCAAGAAAUUCUGAGAUGGAGGAUGUUGGACGUCUUCAAUCUGUUUGGUUCCCCUGGAGUGAGCUGAGAACGAUGGGGCCAAGAAAUCUCACCUGGCGCUUUUCCUUGGCCACGCGGGCUUUUCUGCACUGAGGUGGUGGUAAUGGAAAUGGAAAUGUCUCUGACACUUGUAAUGAGCACGUGGAACUCGAGCCAGUGUAAGGAUUUCACCCUCCUGGUCUCGGGGAGACACGAGAUCCGUGCGAGUGAGGGAGCCGAGCAGCUCUGAGUGCCUGGGAGGACACAGCUGCAGCCUGGCUUUCCAGGGGGCACGGCUGCCAGUCUGCAGCUUUGGCUGCUCUGCAUUUUUUCUGUCCUCCACUUGGUUGAGUGCUGAGUGAGAUGGCUUAUAUACCUCAAGUCAUCAUCGUUUCUAUCUUUUCCACUUGCCGUUCUGGGUAUUUCAAGUAUUCUCUGCGUUGUUGGGAUUCCUUUCAUUCUAUUUUUUUUUAUUCAUGGAGUGAAGGAGGCU